UGAUGAGAUGCUGUAUGUUAUCUUAGUUAUAAUAUUGAAUUUGGGGGCAGAACAUGCAAAUCAUUACUAAACAAACUGCUCACCACGUCCAUAUGGUUGUCUCGUUGUUGGUUAAAGUUUAAAGGCCUUCAUUCCAUUUGAAGACGACAGUAUUGAUGAAACUGCAGUAUGCCAGCCAUGGCUGAUACAAUAGUACCUUUAUCUGUUGGCACCACUAGCAGGAGCUACGAAUUUGUCGAUGAUGUGGUUAUUGAGGUGUCAACGCAACUCAAGUUGGGAAGCUACAGUGUCCCGAACUCGGCCUACUCAUCCCCUCGGUUGGCAGCAAAAAAGAAAGUCCAUGAUAGUGGGCGGGGGCUGAAUCGGAGCAAAUCCUGUGGUGAAGGAAGAGGGAAGGCAGUGCCACAUAACCUUAUCGAGAAUAAAGUAAUGGUAUGGGAGAAAGGGCAUAAGCACAAAACAGAGGGGAAAGCGAAACGUUUCAGAUGUGGGGCACUAUGCUUGUUGUUACCAGUGUUGGGAGGGUUAGGGUUUAAGGUUGGGAAAGGGAAAGAGAAAGGGAAGGAAGAGAGAAAGGAAGAGGCAGAGGAAGGUGAGUGUAUAUCCAUAUCCAUAUCGAGGAGAGUUUCUUUGGAAAAAUUUGAAUGUGGGUCGUGGGCUUCGUCGGGCAUGGUGGUUCAUGAGGACGGGGAGUUGGGGAGCCGUUAUUUUGAUCUGCCAAUGGAAUUAAUAAGGAACAGCGUGGGUGUGCAGACACAAUCACCAGUCGGGGCUGCUUUUGUAUUCGAUCAUCAUCAUCUUCCUAUUUGGACCAAACCAAAUUUGGCAGAGGAAUCAGGAGCUGCAUCUCCAUGCAUCAUUACCCCACGCUUGCGCAAAGCCAGAGAAGAGUUCAAUGCUCUGUUGGAAGCUCACACUCUAUGACAUCCACCUUCACCUUGCUCCCUUUGGAGUUGGACCAAUCCUCAUGUCUUUCUUCUACUUCUUUGUGCUUGCCCAAUUCUAACAAAAAUAUAUCAAUUUCUUCAGUGGCGCCAAGCCGAGGAAUGUUGCAUUGAAGCAAAAACCAACUGGGUCAAAAUUGUCCCCUAUGAAUGGUCAUUUCAUCACAACCGACGCCUGUGAUGUUCACAACCACUAUUCAAUUUCAUUUCUUUUUCAUCAUCUUCAAAUCAAUGUUUGUUAAACAAAAGGACACCGCUCAUUUUGAGGCUCACCAAUAAUUCAAUUGUCUUACUCUUCCAGGGCAUGCUGUCUUAUUUUAUUGUUGUUGAGAUUCCCUUUUGCUGAAGAAGAAAAAACACACACGCACAAGAGAUUUAAUGAUCUA